AAAUUUUGGAGUCACAUGACCUAAACAUGGUGGAAAGUGCGUUGGUGGGAAGGAUUACCAGAAAUGCGUAAGAUCUGUGUAUUUGCAACAGAAAUAAGUUCAAUACUGUCUUUUUUGUUUGUCUGGUCAGUGUGUUUACAUAAUGUAGCAAUUGGUGGACUAUUAAUACCAGCUGUGAAACAGUCAAUAUAGAUGACUAUGACUUAUAUUAUAAUGGAUUCAGUGUGUAAGAUUGUGGUACUGGCGUUACUGUUGGAAGUAUCAUCCUCUGCUGAAAUAGUGGAUGACUACAAGUUGAAUUUGACAAGCAGUGGACCAGCAGUGUUUGGCUCAUAUAUAACAUUUCAAGCACAGUUAUUUCUUGGUGCUAGUAGUAAAACUCCACAAGAUGAGAAGUUGUUCCGAUAUGAUUGGAAAGAUACAGUUGAUCUCUUGACAGAGAGCCAGCAUGCAGAUUUCAACACCAGCCUUCAUCGCUGCUUUGAUUCUUACGUUACUCCAGAUGGUUAUAAAAUGCAUGUGUCGGUGUAUGAUUUAAAGUCCAAAGCCGUGUUUAGACCAGUUUCAAAAAAGGAAUUAGACUUCAUUAUUACAUCAACUUUGAAUGGCAAUUUGAAGCAUAACCAGACUAUACACAGAAGUUCGAGGGCAUCAAACAACACUUUUUCAACACAUAAACCUGUGCAUUUCAUGGCAAACCUUACAGAUCACUUCAGAUUUGCACCAAAUUUUACAUACGAAUGGUUUAUUGAUGAUGAAAAAUAUAUAGCAGGAAAUGUUAAAAAUGAGAGCAUAAAAUUUGAGAAGCCUGGGAGACAUAACGUUAGACUAGAUGUUGUAUCAACAGGAAUUACAAUAGACUGUAGGGGAGAGGAAUAUGUCAAAGAUCUGAAGGGUUCAUUCCAGACCAAUGUAGUUUUGAAAGAUCCUGUGUUAAAGCUUAACCUAUAUGGGAAGACUGCGAUAACUGAAGGAGGGAAUAUAACUCUUGUUGCAGUCUUCAAUGGAAGUGCACCAUACAAGUUCUGUUGGAAGCUUGCACCAUACAGCAACAGUGUGGCUGGUAAUCAGACAUGUGUUUAUGAAACAGAAAUGCCUGUCUACACAAUACGUGUACCCAAGGAAAGUCUUUCAGAGGUCGGAAAAUACUCUCUCACCAUAUAUAUAGAGAAUGACGUCAGUGUACUUACCAAGCAGCAUUAUGUAACAGUGAAAGAAGGACCGGUACCUCACCCGUCUGGCCACUCAGCAGCAUAUGUUCUCAUUCCGGUUGUAACAGCUUUAGUAGUUAUCUCCCUUUUAUUAUUUGGUGGAGUGUUUUAUGUUAACUACCGCAGAAAGAAACUGCACCAUAUAGAAUCAGCAGAUUUUCAGUUCCACAGAAGCAUUCAAAAGACAUCUAGUGAAGGCUGGUUUUGGUCAAAUGUUAAAGACGCAUUCAGAGAAUUGUUAAGUUCACGACAUUCUGACCAUAGCUGGGAAAGAAUUAACAGUAGAUCUGGUAACAGAAAUACAGAACAAGGAAGAGGAUAUGGCUCCAUGGUCAGUCCAGUAGAGACCUAGAUACGGACAAAAUGUAUUAUUUAAGGUCUGAGAUUUGUAAAGCUUGUGAUAUAAUUUAUGAAAUGUUAAAACAUUAUCUCAUAUUUUCAUGGAAAAGUAACCUUUUUUCAUUUGCAUACUAUUAAAUUAAUAAAUGUUAAUUUUUGUUUGACAAACAAUAUAGUUAUGAAUAUAUAUAUAUUUUUUUGCCAUAUAUAAAGAAAUCACUACUGGAACUGCGUUACAACAAUGUAUAUUGUUAUGUUUUCCCAUUUUUCAUGUCUGCAUUUUGUCUAUCAGCGCUUCUCGGACCUCAUGCAGGAUUUCACCGAAACCUUACAGGAUUGAUUGUAAUGAAGCAAAGUUGUGCAUAUCAUUUGCACAUCCUCUAUGGAAUAUUUACUGGAGUUAUGUCCCCUUAAAAGUAAUUUUUGAAUAAAUUUGUCUGGACUACUUCUCCUUUACUAUUUAUGGGAUUUGAAUGAGAGUUAAAAGUAUGAAUAGUACCAAGCUGUUGUUCAUGCAAAUUUAACUGGUACGGGUUUUUUGAUUGAAUGAUUUUUUACUGAGUCAUAGCCCUUUGAUUAUAAGUAUUAAAGUCUAUGCAGAAAUUCUUGCCUGUGCCAUGUCUCCAAAACUUUUGUCCAGAGUUCAUUCAAGCUUCAGAGGAAUGGUUGAUACAAAGCUUAGUUGUAUGUAUUGCUGCCACAUACCACUUGGAAUGUUUUUUAUCAGUAUUAAGGUUUUAGCUUUACUGUUUGAAAAAUAUGUAUAGCUAUUGAACUUGUCCAUGCGUCAGUGUCCCAAUUUGGUUAAGUUUUUGUGCUUAAGCUGGUAUCUAAGUAAACACUUGUGAAUGGAUUGAAACUGUAUACAGUAUUCUCUGUGGUAAACUGACUUACAUUUUACAGGUUCAAUAACUCUGUUGUUUUUUUUACAAAAUGAUGCCCUUUUUUUCAACUUAGCAGUUUUUGGUUAAGUUUUGUAUGUAAGCUGGUAACCACUAACUGGAAUGGAUUGAAAGUUCACACACUUAUUCACUGUAGAAUCUGUUGAUUGAACAUGCAAUGCACAAGUUUUACAACUCUACUUUACAUUUCAACAAAAUUAUGCACCAUUUUGACUUGGCAGUUUUUAGUUAAGAUUUUGUAUGUAUACUGGUAUCUCAGUACCCACUAAUGGGAAUGGAUUGAAAUUUCAGCUUUGUUCACCGUGACGAUCAGACAUGCUGUGCUAAGGUUGAAUAACUCCACUUUGCAUUUUUACAAAAUUAUGCCCCUUUUUCAACUUUUAUAUUCAUUCAGUUGUGCUGUUGAAUAGUUAAAUGUUGCUGUCCUCUGACAGCUCUUGUUCUAAAUUACACUUUUCUAGACUUUUUUGUACUGUUGGUGGGAUCUAAAUGAAACAUUGUAGGAAUGGUGAGUAGCAAGUCCAUUUACACAUACAUUACAAAUUUUAUGGUUAGAUGGUGUUCACUGAGUUAUGACCGUUGUUUAUUAUAUGUAACGUCUACAUAGCACCGUUCAUAAUUUUUAGUACCUAUAUGGUUCUACGUAUUAAAACUUCAAUGUUCAGUCUCCAAUACCUUACCAAGAUUAUGGGGAAGACAACUGUUUAAUCAAAAUACUCCAAAGUAUGUGUUUAUUAUUUGCAAAUAUUCUGACAACAGAUUUUAAAGAAUUUCCCUCAUGCUUAUGAAUAGAAAAUUAACUGGAUAUGUGUGUGUGUUUUUUUUUUGCACUGGUUGCAAAGGCAGAAUCAAUCAUGUUCAGCAUGAUAAGGGUUAAAUACUAAAUAUCAAUAAAAUAUGAAAAACAGUGAUAUAUUGUUGUGUAGUAAUAAGGUUGAUGAUAAAAUGUUAAGAUUUCUGUGUAUAAAUCAUGAUUCAUUUCCAGAUAUAGUGUUGUUACAGUGUUGUUUUUAUGUUGUUACUGUAACUUACAUAUUUUUGAUGAUUUUUUGAGAAAAUGUAGUGAUAUGCUUAAAGAGAUAUUCCAGAAUUUUUUUAAUUAAGCUUUAAGUUGCCAAAAUAGAUAUAAACUUUACAUGAAAUGCAAUGUAUAUACUGUAUAUAGUCUUGCUUGUUGAUUUACACUUGUUAUGUUGUUUUAGCACACACUUAUUAUGAUUAUAAGGUGCAAUAUAUUACCAUAUUUUGACAGAUAAAUUGAUGUUAGUGUAGUGCAUAAUUAGAUUAGGAUGGAUACACAACUUCUUUAUACCUGUUUUACAGUUAUUGUCAUGUAUGCUAAAUCUUACUUCUGGCAGCUCUCUUUUUUCACCUAGCAGACAAUAAUCUGGGUGCUUGUCCAUGCCUAAAAUAUUACCAGAAUGAGCACCUGUGGUCUUCCUCCACCAUCAAAAGAUGGAAAACCGUCUUGUGUCCCAAGUGUGUCCAGGUGAUCCUAAACCCAGCAAAAACGAAAGUAUUCUUUAACCCUUACCCCACUAAAUUUCUGUAAUGAACUUUUCCAUCUUUCAGUUUUGACAGUACCAUUUAAACUGUUAGGAGGGGUGUUCACCAAAAGAUACUGACUGAAUGGUGAACAGUGCAGAUCACGAUCAGACUGCAUGGAUGUGCAGGCUGAACAUGAUCUACACUGGUCGCAAAGGUAGAAUCAGUCGUGUCCAGCAUGAUAAGUGGGUGUUAGUAAAGUGUAUUAUUUAAAAAUUUUGAAAAUAUCAUUUGCCGUUGUUUUAAGCAGUUCUCGACAACUCCAUUGUAAAAUUUAGGCUCAUGAGUAUUUUUACAACUAUAUGUGACCCAUAUUAUGCUUUGUUUAUUUUUUGAAGACAUUCUACUAAUAUAUUCCAGGGAGCAACAUAGGCUACAAUUUUUCCUAAUUUAACAAAGUUUAGAAGAGAAAAUUCAAUGUCAAGGUUGUUUUCAAUUUACGGAAAUUCAGAUUUUUUAGUUCCUGUAUAUAGUUGGUAAUGUCAGAAAUGAUGUGUUGCAUAUAUAUGAUGUUAUUUUAAGACCGAAGGCCACAAAAUGCUGUUGAAUUAGUGAUUAAUUACCUUGUUUGAUUUUCAAAGUCUGCCGAUUAUGGUAAGACACCAUACAAGCAAAAAUGAGCCAUGCCAUGGGAAAACCAACAUAGUGGGUAUGCGACCAGCAUGGAUCCAGACCAGCCUGCAAAUCCGCGCAGUCUGGUCAGGAUCCAUGCUGUUCGCUAAUAGUUUCUCCAAUUCCAAUAGGCUUUAAAAGUGAACAGCAUGGUGCCUGACCAGACUGCGCGGAUGUGCAGGCUGGUCUGGAUCCAUGCUGGUCGCAUACCCACUAUGUUGGUUUUCUCAUGGCACAGCAAAAAUGCAUUCUAAUUUGAAUGCAUAACUGUAGAAACAGGAUGAACUAUGCAUUUAUUAUUCAAAAAUCACAAAUUACAAAAAAAUGAUAGAACUUUCCAAAAGUAAUGGCUAAUAAUGGCUGUACAAUUUAUUUGAGUUAUUUACUGCCUUUAUAACAUUGACAACGUAGUAUCACUAGUAUGUGAAAACCUACAUAUAUUAAUGGAUGUUGGUGGAUUUGUUUUCAUCAUGUACACCAGCUUAUAUUUUUUCAUGGCCGACCUUGUAUUUACUGAUUUAUGAAUGCUGAGACUUUACAUCAGUUCUCAUAGUUGCAAAAAAAUGGUAAAAAUUGAGUUUAUUAUACACUAGAUAUACAUGUAAUCACAUAACAUGUAUUCAUAUUUAAUACCAAUGCCAUAUGUUUUGUAUGUAAUCUCUAAAUCAUUAUUGUUUUGUAAUAAAAAGAAAAAUAGCAA